CGGCCAAAAGCUUUGUCUCCCCCAACUACCACGGCCUCCUCUUCCUCAAACCAAACCGGAGGCGGAGGGGACCAGACGUAUCCACCAGGAAACUCACGUUAGACGUGUACGCCAACGCGACCAAGCCGAAGACGAAGACGAAGACGAAGCUCAGCUCCUCCAAUGGCCUCAGCCAAGCAGGGCUGGGGUGAGCAUGAGGAGGAGGAGAUCCAUGUCUCCUCCGGCGGCGCUCAGGCGCAUACCAACGACCAAGACUGCGAGAACCGGCGCCCCUUGCUGCUGCUUAGGACUCCCGCCUCCGCCGAGUGCUACUCCGUCUCCGCCGCCAUCCUCCCGUUCUUCUUUCCAGCUUUGGGAGGCCUUCUCUACGGCUAUGACAUCGGAGCAACAUCAGGCGCAACCAUAUCACUCAAGUCAUCGGCAUUCAGUGGUACAACUUGGUACAAUUUAUCAUCUGUGCAAACUGGCCUUGUGGUCAGUGGCUCACUCUAUGGUGCUUUGAUUGGCUCUGCCUUGGCAUUUACCAUUGCAGAUUUUUUAGGGAGACGCAAAGAGCUUAUUCUUGCUUCUAUUUCAUAUUUGAUUGGAGCCCUUCUGACAGCAGCAGCACCCAACUUCCCUAUCAUGGUGGUUGGUCGCUUUUUAUAUGGCAUAGGAAUUGGAUUGGCUAUGCACGCUGCUCCGAUGUAUAUUGCAGAGACUGCACCAAGUCAGAUAAGAGGCAUGCUCAUUUCUCUGAAGGAGUUCUUUAUUGUUCUUGGGAUGCUUCUUGGUUAUAUUGUAGGCAAUCUCUACGUUGAAGUGGUUUCCGGUUGGCGUUACAUGUAUGCCACCAGUACGCCAUUAUGUCUCAUAAUGGGACUUGGCAUGUGCUGGUUACCCUCUUCGCCUAGGUGGCUCCUGUUAUGUGCCAUACAAGGGAAGGGAAAUCUGCCGGAAACAAAAGAAACUGCGACCCGGUGCUUAUGUCGAUUGAGGGGUCAAGCUUCGCCUGAUUUGGUCUCGGAGCAGAUUAACAUGAUUCUGGAGGAACUUUCAUAUAUUGAUCAAGGGAAACAAGCAGGCUUCAGUGAGAUCUUUCAAGGAAAAUGUCUCAAAGCAAUGAUAAUUGGAUGUGGUCUGGUGUUCUUUCAGCAGGUCACUGGUCAACCAAGCGUGCUAUAUUAUGCCGCUACGAUCUUUCAGAGUGCUGGAUUCUCUGGAGCUUCUGAUGCCACUCGUGUGUCAAUUCUUCUUGGCUUACUGAAGUUGAUCAUGACUGGAGUGGCGGUCCUUGUGGUCGACAGACUUGGCAGAAGACCGUUACUCAUUGGAGGUGUCAGUGGAAUUGCUGUUUCCUUAUUUUUGCUGUCCUCAUACUACACCUUGCUGAAGGAUGCCUCUUAUGUGGCUGUAAUAGCACUUCUACUGUAUGUUGGCUGUUACCAGCUGUCAUUCGGUCCUAUUGGUUGGCUCAUGAUCUCGGAGGUCUUCCCAUUGAGGCUGCGAGGCCGUGGACUGAGCGUUGCUGUUCUUGUGAAUUUCGCAUCCAAUGCGCUGGUCACGUUUGCUUUCUCUCCGCUGGAGGAUUUGAUCGGAACCGGGGUGCUCUUCGCUGGAUUCGGGGCGAUCGCAGUGGCGUCUCUGGUGUUCAUAUUCUUCAUCGUCCCGGAGACGAAAGGAAUGUCCCUGGAAGAGAUUGAAGGGAGCCUGUAGAUGAUCCAGCUGCCAUGUGGCUGCAUAAUCAGUGAACUGAAGGGCUUGCUGCCUGUAGGUAGCAUUGGCACUAUAUUUUUGCAACCCGGUUUCUGCUGUCAGUGCUUAUUCAGAGACAGAGAGAGAGAGAGAGAUUUGCAAGGUGUACUAGUAUUGCUUUUUGUUCUUUCUAAUAUAAACCGAAACACAUUUUGACA